GCUCAGAGUGAUUCGUGUCUUGUCUCUCGUGGCUACAGACCCAAAGUCAGACUUGGUCUCUUGUCCCUGGCCCUCCCUGCCUUCACAGGCCUGAACCCCAGCUCCUGCCCACUCCUCCUUCGAGAGGCAGACAGAUAAGACACCCACGAUGGUUGCUCUCCACUCCCUCUUCUGGAGCAGUGCACUCCUUGCCGCACGCACAUUUGCUCAAGAUGCCGGCACGGCGUCUCCCGCACCAGCCGCGGACGCCGACUCGGCAGAUGCGCCAGUCUCUCAGCUCGCCAUCAAGACCGCAACCGUGACUUCACCUGCCGGCACGUUUAUCGGCAACGUCAUCAACAACGUCGAGUCGUAUGGAGGCAUCCCCUACGCGCAGGCUCCCGUCGGCCCGCUGCGUCUGCGUCCGCCGCAGCGCAUCACUGGCAACCUGGGCACGAGGGAUGUCACGGGCCCGGCUGCGGCGUGUCCGCAGUUCGUCGUCUCGAACGAUAGCAAGAACGUGCUGUUCGACUUGCUGGGGGAUAUUGCCGGGCUGCCGUUCGUCCAGGAUGUGACUGGCCAGACGGAGGAUUGUUUGACAGUGACGAUUGCGAGGCCUGCGGGGACCAAGGCGGAUGCCAAGCUUCCUGUGCUGUUCUGGAUCUUUGGCGGGGGAUUUGAGCUCGGUUGGACGUCCAUGUAUGACGGCAGCAGCCUCGUCAACUACGGCGUCAGCAUCGGCGAGCCCUUUGUCUUUGUGGCGGUCAAUUACAGAGUGGCGGGCUGGGGUUUCAUGCCCGGCAAGGAAAUCAAGGCCGACGGCUCUGGCAACCUUGGUCUUCGUGAUCAGCGCAUGGGCCUUGAGUGGGUUGCGGAUAACAUUGCCAGCUUUGGCGGUGACCCGGACAAGGUGACCAUCUGGGGCGAGUCUGCUGGCUCCAUCUCCGUGUUCGACCAGAUGGCCCUCUACGGCGGCCAGUACAAGUACAAGAACAAGCCCCUGUUCCGCGGCGCGAUCAUGAGCUCUGGCAGCAUCGUGCCCACCGAGGCGAUUGAUUCCAACAAGGGACAGAUCGUGUACGACAAGGUCGUUGCCACGGCCGGCUGCUCUGGUGCCGCUGACACGCUCAACUGCCUCCGCGGCCUGUCAUAUGCAGAUUUCUACCGCGCGGUCACCUCCGUGCCGGGCCUGCUCAGCUACCAGUCCCUCGCGCUGUCGUACCUCCCCCGACCAGACGGCGACACCCUGCCACAGUCACCACAUCUCCUCGCGGACCAGGGCCUAUACGCGCCCGUCCCGUUCAUCAUCGGCGAUCAGGAAGACGAGGGCACGCUCUUCGGCAUCUUCCAGCCCAACCUGACCAGCCCGGCCGAUCUGGUCGACUACCUCAAGGCCUACUACUUCCAGCGUGCGACCAAGGCUGACCUGGCCGAGUACGUCGCGACCUACGACACGGGCAUCGCCGCCGUCGUCGACGGCUCACCACACCGCACGGGCCUACUCAACGAGAUCUUCCCGGGCUUCAAGCGCCGCGCCGCGGUGCUGGGCGACCUGGUGUUCACGCUCUCGCGCCGCGUCAUGCUGCAGCACGCCCAGCGCCUCCGGCCCAGCGUGCCCUUCUGGUCGUACCUGGCGAGUCAGAACUACGGGACCCCCGUGCUCGGCAGCCUGCACGGCGGCGACAUCCUCCAGGUCUUCCUGGGCGUGCUGGACAACUACGCCGCCCGCAGCCAGCGCGCGUACUACAUCAACUUCCUGUACAACCUGGACCCGAACGUCGGCAAAGGCGGGUAUCCGAGCUGGCCCAAGUGGAUGCAGGGCAAGCAGCUCAUGCAGUUCUUCAAGGGGAGCAGCUCGUUGCUGAGUGAUGACUUUAGGAAGGACUCGUCGGAUUGGCUGAGCUUGCAUAUUGACGAACUUUUGUUUUGAGCGUGCGGGCGCGAAAUGGUGAAUGAAAAUUUCUAUUUGAAAGGGCGGCGUUAUAUGGUUGAGGACCCCCGAGGACGGGGCUUAAGGAAUUGUGACAAGUUUCGAGUUAAUGGUUCAUAUUAUUCUGGCAGUACAUAUCACAACCUGUGAACAAGAGAUCUUGAA